CAUCGUGUCUCCACUUGUCUCUCAUCUUCUCAUGUCGUGUUUUUUAUAUUUAUUCAUUAUCUAAAUACGAUAUACUAUUAAUUAAUUAAUUAUCUCCACUACAAAACAAUCAUCACAACAAUUAAUUAUUUUUACCUCAUAUACAUUUGAAAAAAGUAUCAAAAUUUCGAUACAAACAAUUAAUAAUUAAAUUUAUUAAUUAAAAUACUCAUUUGUUGUGUCAGGUGUCAAAUGUCAGAUGUCAAGUGUCCAGUGUCCAGUAUAAUGAAACUAUUAAUAAUUUUUUGUUAUAUUUAAUUAAUAAGUAUAUGUAUUAAUAUAAGAAAUAUAUAAAUUAGCCGUCGUAAGAAAAUUUUUUUUGUUUUUUUGGUAAUUUUUGAAUUAAUUAAUUAAUUAUUAAGUGAAAUGUGAGCAAUUGAAGUGGAAAUUUAUGAGAUAUAUAUAUAUAUAUAUAUAUAUGAGUGUGUAAUAUUUAAAUAUGUAGAUAUAUAUGUGUAUGUGUAUGUAUAUGGAAUAAUGAUGAUAUAAAUUAUGAAAUCGAAAUGAGAAAUGCACGUGAUGAAAUAUCAAGAAAAAUAUUCAGCCAAAAAGCGGAAGAAGAGAAUAUUUAUACAUAAAUUAUGUAUAUAAGCAAAUAAAUAUUUAAUGGACCAAUGAACAUCCAUACUGUCAAGAUGAUUACCAAAGACUGAUAAAACCGGAGUCUUUUAUUGGAAAAAAAAUAUAAAACCGUCGGAAAAUAAACGGGAAAUUAUAUUAGAAUUUGACGGAACUGCUGGUCGGGUUACAAAGUACAGGAAAACAAGAUGGGGUCACUUCCGAACUUGCACGAGUUGUCGCGAGACAAACUCCAGAACCCUAUCGUGCAUCGGACGGGGCCGAUUGGCGGGUUUGGGCCAGUUAAAUUACCGGCUCAGCCGCCACCACUUGCGCAGACGAAUCGCAGGGUUAAGAGCAGCGGCCAUCAUCAUACUUUGUGGGACAAUGACGCAAUGUUAGAGCAUAUGACAACUUACUCACCAAUAUCAUGUCGAUCAGCCCGUGCCUCAGCGCUGUCGUGCCGUCGCCGUGAGUCAAUGACCUCCUCAGCCGGUACAUCGUCCGUGCGUCGCCUCAUCGCAGCAGUCCGCGCAGGCACGCCCUCAGCGUCCGGCGGAGUCUUCAGUACCGGCUACGCUGGUUGCAACAUACUCCCGCGCCCACCUCGCAAAGUAGUGAUCCGGCACUGUGCUGCCCUCUUUCUUGGACACAUGACAAUAUCCGCAGCGACGUUGCCCCUCCUGCCACUCCAAGCUGGCCUCGGUGCUUUCAAUUCACAUCUAGGGCCCAUUUUAUUAGCACUUUUGUACGCCGUAGCAACUUUAACUUCUCUAUUAUCGACUGUAAUUAUACAAAAAUUAGGGACUAAUAUUGUCAUAUGUUUGAGUCAUUUAAUUACGAUAAUUUUUAUAAUUACACAUUUGUAUCCAAAGUGGUAUGUCUUAUUACCGAGCUACGCAUUGUUCGGCAUCACAUUGAGUCCCUCAUUGUUGUCACGAACUUCACAUGUCAACAAUUGCGCCAAUAAUUUGAGUGUUAUCUACUGUACCGACCCAGAAGAUCCCGAUGAUACCAGACGUGAAUGUUUACUGCGCAGGCUCAAUCGCGUUAUGAAACUCGCGGAAGAUGUUGGACUUGCUAUCGGCUGUCUUGUUGCGGCAACGAUAAUAAAAAUAAUAAAUCCCAUACCUAUGGGCCCAGAUGACCCUGAAGACGUCGGAACCACUUGUGGUGCUGAAUAUUGCCCUCAGGAAACGUAUUUCCAUAAUGAAACUCUUCUUUUACCGACGAUGGCAGUAGACACGGCUAAAAUAAUACUGAGUGUCUUCUUAGGACUUGGGGUCCUGGCAUUUGGGAUCUCGUGUGCGUUUCUUGACUCACGGCUCAAAGAACCACGGAACCAAUCGGACCAGCAGUACCAGCAGCAGACGGCGCGUCAGUACUUCCAGUUGAUAAAACAGAGCUUCCAGGAUCCUAAGUUACAGUUAGCAGCUCCGUUGACUCUGUUUAUUGGUUUGGAGCAGGGAUUCAUUUUUAGUGACUUUACAGAGGCGUACGUUGUUUGUGCGCUAGAUGGAGCUGGUCCAGUAACACUGAGUUUUUUAACUUUUGCAUUGUUACAAGCAGUAGCUGGAGUAACUCUCUCGAUGUUAAUGCGGCAUAUUCGCCGGUAUUUUGUUGUUGCAGUUGGAUUUGCCUUUCACGCAUGCUUACUACUAGCCCUAGUAACAUGGCGACCUGCAGGUGAUGACCCAGCACUCUUCAACGUCAUAUCAGCCGCCUGGGGAGUCUGCAACGCCAUCUGGGAGACUCUAAUUCUCACACUGCUACUUGGCCUGUACCCGUCAACGUGGCAAGCUCCCUUAUCGACCUCAACAUUCUGGAAGUACCUGGGCCUUUUCUUGGCUCUAGGUCUUCACGGAGUAGUUUGCACGAGGCUUAGAGUCCUUGGUCUCGGCACAAUGCUCAUCCUGGCAGUGGUCCCUUACAUCUGGCUCGAGCUACGGCUUUCCAGGCGCGGAAAGUGUCUGGUGACUUCGUCGUCAUCUUGACUAGCGUCGGGAUCAUCAGCGGUAUCUGCUGUCGCUGGUAGCCAAGGAAUAUCUACCGUCGAGCAUCAUCAUCUCCAUCAUCAUCAUCAGCACCAACAUCAUACUCAGCAACGUGGUUCCAGUGAUAAGUUAAUUAUUGACAGACGUAAACUCUCACACGGUGAAUGAGAGAGAUUUGUUCCGUCUAGCUCGUUGAUAUCCGCUGCCGGUAAUGCAGCAGUUGGCUCUUCCUCACUUUCCUCAACUGCGUCAAUAAGUCGCCACCGUCAAUUACCCUCAGUUGCUUCAGCUACGUCCUCACGCCGUUGCUCGGCAAGACGUAGCUUUAGCAGCAACGUUGCUAUUAUUGGUAAUUUUAAUAACAAUAAUGAUAAUAAUUUGUCUUUGACGAGUUUCAAUCAGAAUUCGAUUAAAAAAAAUUCAGCGGACGCUGCGGGUAAUAUUUCUGUUAGUUAUUCACGUAAUUCCGUUGGAGAAUUGACCGACCAGUCUGCUGCGUCGAUAAGGUCACCUCAAUCAAUUGAAUAAUUAGAAAAUCUAUCAGAUCGAUUGAUCGAUAUUUCAAUUAUCGAUCGGUUCGAUAUAUCACAAUUCUGGUCGAUUAAUUAAUUGGUUAAUUUUCUAGAGAUAGAGACGAAAAAAAAUUUUUUAUCAUUUUUAUAUCGAUAAGAUUUGAUGAAUCGAUUAUCGAUUAGUUCGAUAAAUCGAUUAUCGAAUAGCUCGGUGAAUCAAUUACCGAUUAGUUUGAUGAAUCGAUUACUGAUUCGUUCGAUGAAUCGAUUAUUGAUGAGUUCGAUGGAUCGAUUAUCGAGUAGCUCGAUGAAUCAAUUACCGAUUAGUUUGAUGAAUCGAUUAUCGAUAAGUUCGAUAAAUCGAUUAUCGAUUAGUUUGAUAUUUGUCGAUUUGUCUUUCGAAGUUUUUUUAAAUGAGAUGAUAAAAAAUUAAUAUUACUUAUGAAUCGAUAUCGAUUAGAUUCGAUGAAUCGAUUAUCGAUCAGUUCGAUGAAUAAAUAAUUGAUUAGUUCGAUGAAUCGAUUAGUUCGAUGAAUCGAUUAGUUUGAUAAAUCGAUUAGUUCGAUAUAUUUCGAUUUAUUAAUUUUUCUUCUAAACUGUUGUAAUUGAGGCAAAAUAAAAUAAAUAAAUUUCAUGAAUUAAUAUCGAUUAUUUGAUGAAUCGAUUAUCGAUUAGUGUAAUACAUAUCGAUUGAUAUCAAUAUAUCAAUUUUUUUCACAAUUAAUUUUAAUGAGACGAAAAAAGAAAUAAGUGUAAUUUAUAAAUCGAUAUCGUUUUAAUUCGAUAAAUCAAUGUAUCGAUUGAAUCGAUACAUUUCGAUGUAUAUUGAUUUAAGAACUUUUUUUUCAUAAUUUUUGUAAUUUAGAUAAAACAUUAAAUUUUCGUCUCUUUUAAAUCGAAGUCGACUAGAUUCGAUAAAUCGAUUAUCGAUUGGUUCGAUAUAAUUCGAAUAAGUAAAUUUUCAACGGGAGAAACAAAACUUUUAUUUUGGUAUCGAUGUUAGGUCAGAAUCGAUAUAUCGUUGGCCGUCGAUAAAUCGAUCAAUCGAUCGAUUCGAUAUAUUUCGAUAUUUUUUUCUAAAUUUUGUAAAAAAUGACUCGUUAAUACUAAAAACCUACAAAUACUCAUAUUUCAUCAAUCGAUAUAAAUCGAUCUAUCGAUUUAGGUUUCAAAUUAUUCUUAUAAGUCCCCAGUGUUUUAGAACUCGAGCUAGAUGGAACUACAGUGUAAAUUUGUAUAUUAUUUUUCUAAUAUAAUUUUUUAAUAAAAAAAAAAAAUAAAAUUUGUUUUUUUUAUAAAAUUGAAAUUUUGAAUUUAAUAAAAAAUCAAAAAAAAAUAAUUGUUACUCGUAAAAUUUAUAUAUAAAAUGUAAAAAUAAAAUUUUGUAACCAAAAAAAAAGUUCUCAAUUAAAAUAGAAUUAACUCACAAAAAUUUCUAAAAAUUCCACAAUUUCGAGCCAUAUAAAACCAUCAUCGACUUUUUUUUCAAAGCUUUAGACACUGCCUACUAAAAAAAAAUAGUGAUAAACAAAAAUGGAGUAAAAUUAUAAACAUAUCAGAAUCUCAAUCCAAUUUUUUUUAACUUCUCUUCACAUAACUCAUUACCUAUCAGAGUUACGACAGAAAGCCUUCAAUACUUUUUUUUAGCUAAUAAAGUUUCCUAUCAAAGUUUCCUCUUCAAAAAAGCUCAAUUUUCAAAAUUCAAGGAGCCACAUCGACUUUAAUUCAAAAUUUCUCUCAAAAAACCGGUAAUCGAAAUUUUCUAACCUAAAUUUUCUCGGUCAAUCUUUCGUAACUCCUAAGCUAUUGACCAAAAAAAAAUUUUGUCGAAACAAAAUUUGUAGGAAAUUUUGUGCUCUACAAAAAAGUAUUCAUACAUAUUUUACGUAACUCGAAUAACCAACGAGUUAUUCCCGAAACAAGAAUUCGUAAAAUAAAUACCAGGGCGAAGGCAAUGGUUUUUUUAUCUAUAAAAUUAAAUAUCUCAUUAAAAAUUAGAGAUAUCGAAAAGUUAUAUGAGACAUUAUUUGUAGGAAAUUUUGUGCUCUACAAAAAAGGUCUCAGCUAUUUUUUCGCUGUUUCUAAUAUCUGAAGAGUUAUUUCGAUUAUAAGGUUCGAAAACGUGAGAAAAUUCUUAAGCGCAAAUAAUUAUUAAUAAUAAUAAUGAUAAUUAUUAUUUAUUAUUGAGUAUUGUAAUUAAGUGAUCGUUAAUUGUAAUAAUAAAAGUCUGUUGGUAG